UAUACAUAUAUAGAAAAAAACAAGAAACGCCCUUUGUCACUGGCUCAUGCCAGCCAAACGAUGACAGGCUUUUGAAAUGUGACCAACAACCACAUCGUGCCGCCGACCAAACUACACUAAGGAAAUUUCCCAAAAAAUAAUCAAAGCUUCUUCUCUUCAACUCUCUCUCUCUCUCUCUUCUUCUCAAUUCAAUUCAAUUCAAUUCAAUUCCCCCUUUUUCGCCGACGAAUAUGUACCGGCCGGUGAGCUCAAGCAGAGUGUCCGACGAGUUUUUCUCAAAUCAAUCACCGGCGGCAGACACCGAAGAGCAGCUUCCGACGUACAACCCGGAAUCACACGUGGCAAAGAAGGACAAGAGUCGGCUCAGAUCUGCGGAGGCCGCCGUUCACAUCAUCCCUCUUUUGCUUAUUCUCUGCGCUGUCAUCUUAUGGUUUUUCUCUUCCCCAGUGGAAAUGGUUAACAAAAGGGACCAUAUUGCUGGCAGAUUGAGGAUUUAGACGAUUGGUACCAGUUUUUCUCCUAUUUCCUUACACUAUUUAAUUGAUUGUUCGUCGUUAUAGCCAUAACCGGUUUCAUUCGUAUGUAUAACUUUUGUGAUGGUGCUAUCAGCAAUAGCGGCCCCCCUUCACUGAAUAUAUUUUUCAAUUAUCU